GGCGAAGGACACUGCGCUCCACGCUGACCUUGGGUCAGUCCCUGCGCCUCCAGCGGCUAGGAGGGUCCCCGGGGUCCCCCCACUGUGACGGAGGGAGUGCCCGGGUGAGUCAUCCAGACUGUGAGGGUGUCCGGGGUCAGCCCUCCAGAUCCCCCAGAGUCCGCCAGAGGGUCCGGGCCUCCGUCACGCCGAGGGCAGGGAUGUGCACGGCGUUCAGUCCUCCACUCCGCAAAGAUGCUUCAAAGCUUUAUUAAAAAAGUCUGGAUCCCCAUGAAACCUUACUAUACCCAGGUUUACCAGGAAAUUUGGGUAGGAGUGGGGUUAAUGUCACUCAUCGUUUAUAAAAUCAGGAAGGCUGAUAAAAGAAGUAAAGCUUUGAAAGGACCUGCACCUGCCCAUGGCCAUCACUAACUGCUCCCUGAGUCCACUCAAGAUGAACACGUCGGCGAAACUUAAGCAAGCUUUGUUAGAUGGGAACAUGAAACAUUACUGUACGCUUAUCUAAGUACCAUUUAUAAUGUGGCAUUAAUAAAUGUAUCUGAGAAUCACCA